UAGAAGGGUGUUUUGACUUGCCACUUCAGUUGCGGUAUCGCGCAUUCGAAUUUCAGAACUCUCAAAUAAUUUGUCUUCAUUUUUCUUCGACUGAGGAACCAGCAAUAUGAAGGGUUAUAUUGUUGUCAUCGUAGUCUUGACGAUACUAGCCUGCAGUGCCCUCGCCAGUAAGCCGAAAAGUAAGCCAAAGUCCUGCAAGAAGAGCGACAAAAAUUGCAAGGCGUGUUUCAGUGCUUGUUACACGUGGUCCAACACUAGGACGACCACUCUCUUGUCGUCUUCCAUCAUUCAUGGGGCCAUUAUAAGCCAUAUCCACAAGGCGGACAGUUCGAGGAAGAUACCAGCAGUGCCAGCCACAAAGUGUUCAGGCUCUGGGGCCAAGUGCGCGGACAAAUGCAAGGAGGUAAAAGUCGCCUACAAGUCUACCUCACUGAAAGUUGCUGCUACCCUGACUAUUCACAGCUGUGGGAAGUGUAAUUCUACGGAGAAAAACAUCCCCUGGGAGAAAACCGGCACAGCACACGAAGCCUUAACGAGUAUCACGGGGGUAGAGAUGCGUGUAACUUUUAAAUGCGGCAAAGGCUGUUCAGUGAGCGCAAACCUCGGAGUUAUCUUCUUUGGAGUCCUACUGACUCUGAAGGCGGCAUUCUAGACAUUAAGGAUUUAGAUUUUAGCCCUCUGUCGCUAUUAUCAUGUACAAAAAUGUAUGUACAGGUCUUCAUACAACCUGCUAUUAUUCACUGGAAAAAUUUGAAAAGGUGACAUGAAAUUAUACAAAACCAGGGCCUUUCGCAAACCUUUGCUGUCAUUUUGACCCCGACGAAUGAGGUGUAUUUUUUCGCUCCUUGAAGGAAUACAUUCAUUUUGUACGCCGCCUCAGUACCCUUUUUUGGGUUGUGGUAGGGGUAAUUUAUUUUGUUAUUAUUUGAUUUUGAAUCGCUUUGGAAGCGAGGGCUAAACUUCUCUGCUGUGGUUUAGAGUUGCGAUGCUAUAUUAUGCUAAACUAUAGACUUAAGGAAUUGAUACCGAACUGGAGGUAUUUUUUUGUCUCACCCAAACCGCGAGGGUGGAGCUGAAAUGUAGACCAAACCGAGGCGUAGCCGAGGUUUUGGCCAACAUUUUAGCUCCACACUUAAUGUGCGGUUUAUUCCACACCCAGUUGUUUUAGAAUUGCAGUUCACUACACGUUGUAAAUAAAGUUUUAUUCAAUGCAUGUCGUUAUCGUGCUGCCAAUUAUUCUUUCUGUAUAUUUCUGUGAAAAAAGUAAAUACAGCUUUGAAUCAUCCUUCGAA